GCUGAUAAUGGAGGCAACCAUUGUGCAUUUUUCCAUCCAUCAUGCCUGCCAAGAAGGUCACCAAGGGCUCUGCCCAAGCCGCUCCCGUGAAGACCGCCGCCAAGGCCGGUGCCAAGCCCACCGGCUCCACCGCUUCCAAGAAGAAGGGUGCUGAUCCGUUGUACCCUUCGGCUCCCCGCAACUUCCGUUUGGGAGGUGACAUCCAGGUAUCAUGAGCCUCCCCCCGCCGUGCCUCCCUUGUCGUUCGUUGAGCUUCGCCAUCGACCUUGUCGUCUUUGCAAGCUCUUCGUUUGAUGUUAGCGGGUUUCCACAAACCGCAAUGACAUAAAUGAUCUGUGGUGUCGUUGGUCCAGGAUGUAUGUAUCUAUAUUACUACUCCCUGGACUGCGCACUAUGCCCAAGCGCGACCUGUCCCGCUUCGUCCGCUGGCCCAAGAACGUGCGUCUCCAACGCCAAGCCAAGAUCUUGCAGACGCGCCUCAAGGUGCCUCCGUCCGUGAACCAGUUCACCAACACGUUGGACAAGAACCACGCGUCCGACUUGUUGAAGUUGUUGCUCAAGUACCAACCGGAAACCAAGGCCGCCAAGAACCAGCGCCUCAAGGACAUCGCCGCCGGCAAGGAGCAAGCGGCGACGCCCCCCGCUGUGAUCAAGUACGGCUUGAACCACGUCACAUCCUUGAUCGAAAACAAGAAGGCCAAGCUCGUCGUGAUCGCCCAUGACGUGUCUCCGUUGGAAUUGGUCGUGUUCCUCCCAGCCUUGUGCCGCAAGAUGGACAUCCCGUACGUCAUCUUCAAGGGCAAGGCUCGCCUCGGCCAACUCGUCCACAAGAAGAACUCGGCCGUCGUCGCGUUGACCCAAGUCAACAAGGAAGACAAGGCCAAGUUUGACUCGUUGAACACUGCGUUCCGCGCGCAAUUCAACGACGAAUCCACCCACCGCCGCAAGUGGGGCGGAGGCAUCAUGGGCUUGAAGACCCAGAAGAAGUUGGAACUUCGCGCCAAGGCCAUCGCGGCCGAAGCCGCCAAGAAGGCCCAAUACUAAGUUGGGUUGCCAGCUUGCACACUAUCUAGGGACUACCGAUGGAAAAAUGUUAAAACACGCUAAUGAACGUCGUCCGCGUUGUUAGCAAACCAACACUCUUAAUUUAGGAUGUAUGUAAUAUUGUGGUGUUGUUUUGUAA